GUUUCAUUUAAGGUGUACAAUGCUUCCGUGAUUGCACAUGGCAAUUUCAUACUGGGGCAACAAAAACACCUAAGUUAACAACACGUCAAAACUGGAUUCAUUAAAUUUUCUGACAGAAACGGAUAUAUAAAACCUAGGAAGAUCUUUGUGUCUGUUUCUUUCGUUGCAUCUGUCAGCUCUUUGGUUGUUGUUAUCGUUGAAAGCACAUAAUAUAGAGGGAAAAUUAUACCAGUAAAUUUCAAUGGAUGGCUUUAAGGGACAAGGUGGCGUACAGAUGUUACUGAGUGCAGAACAAGAGGCCCAACAGAUUGUUGCGAGUGCCAGAAACUUAAAAAACUCGCGAUUAAAGCAAGCGAGAGAAGAAGCAGACAGAGAAAUUGCGCAAUACCGGGCAAAUUUGGAGGCUGAGUACCAAAAAUCGGUGUCUGAGACAAGUGGUAAUUCGGGCAUGAAUGUGAAACGACUUGAAGAGGAGACUGUUGAAAAGAUCAAGAGUUUGAAGGAUAUGAGUUCAAAAGUUUCUAAAGAUGUUGUGUCCAUGCUUAUGAGGCAGGUCACAACUGUUAAAAAUUGAGGAUGUUCCAAGGAUGAUGAAUACGAUGACAUUGACGGAGGAGGAACGUGAUUAAUGCUAUUUAAAAGAUCUUAAACUCGACUGGUUCAUUAUUAGCGAGCUCAAUCAGAAACGGAAGAAGACAAUAAAGAAAUGAAUUUGGUUCUUAAGAACCUCAAUGUUUUAUGCUUGUUGUAAUAAUUGUGGUUACCUGUUAUGUUCAACCCCUUGAUAGAAUUAUAUAACUAAUUCAAUUCUAUUAAGUAA